GGCCGGGGUCUCCCCUCCCAGUGUGUUGGACGGGGGCGCUGAGGCGGUGGCCGGGCCCUGUCUGAGGAAGAGGGUGGAGCACAGGCUAAAUGACCAAUAAGAGAAAAAGAAGCUACGAUUGACGGCGAAGAGCGCUAAUGAACGAUCAGUUUUAUCUUGCGGCGUGCCGCCCCUCUUCUCUCCCUCCUCCCGCCUCCUUCCUUUGGGGGGAGGGCGGGGCCAGAGGCCUGAAGUGUGGGGAGAACUUGGGGCUUUGCUCUGCUAUAUGAAAUAUGGGAGACGACAGACCGUUUGUGUGCAAUGCCCCAGGCUGUGGACAGAGAUUUACAAACGAGGACCACCUGGCAGUUCAUAAACACAAGCAUGAGAUGACAUUGAAAUUUGGUCCAGCCCGAACUGACUCAGUCAUCAUUGCAGAUCAGACUCCUACUCCAACUAGAUUCCUCAAGAACUGUGAGGAAGUGGGGCUCUUCAACGAACUAGCUAGCUCCUUUGAACAUGAAUUCAAGAAAGCUGCAGAUGAGGAUGAGAAAAAGGGAGCUGCUGGGCCCCUGGACAUGUCGCUGCCUUCUACCCCAGAUAUUAAGAUCAAAGAAGAGGAACCAGUGGAGGUGGACUCAUCCCCACCUGACAGUCCUGCCUCCAGCCCCUGUUCCCCACCACUGAAGGAAAAGGAGGUUGCCCCAAAGCCUGUUGUGCUUUCUACUCCGACACCCACCAUCGUACGUCCUGGCUCCCUGCCUCUGCACUUAGGCUAUGAUCCACUUCAUCCAACCCUUCCCUCCCCAACCUCUGUCAUCACACAGGCUCCACCAUCUAACAGGCAAAUGGGGUCUCCCACUGGCUCCCUCCCACUCGUCAUGCAUCUUGCUAAUGGACAGACCAUGCCUAUGCUGCCAGGGCCCCCGGUACAGAUGCCUUCUGUUAUAUCGCUGGCGAGACCUGUAUCCAUGGUACCCAACAUUCCUGGUAUUCCUGGCCCACCAGUUAACAAUAGUGGUUCAAUUUCUCCUUCUGGCCACUCAGUACCAUCAGAAGCCAAGAUGAGACUGAAAGCUUCCCUUACCCACCAAGUCUCCUCAGUCAAUGGUGGUUGUGGAAUGGUAGUGGGCACUGCCAGCACCAUGGUGACAGCCCGUCCAGAGCAGAGCCAGAUCCUCAUCCAGCACCCUGAUGCCCCAUCUCCUGCCCAGCCACAGGUGUCUCCAGCCCAGCCAACUCCCAGUACUGGAGGACGCAGGCGGCGCACAGUGGAUGAAGACCCAGAUGAAAGGCGGCAACGCUUUCUCGAGCGCAACCGGGCUGCAGCCUCCCGCUGUCGCCAAAAGCGCAAGCUAUGGGUGUCUUCAUUGGAGAAGAAGGCAGAAGAACUUACUUCUCAGAACAUUCAGCUGAGUAAUGAAGUGACAUUAUUACGCAAUGAGGUGGCUCAGUUGAAACAGCUACUAUUAGCUCAUAAAGACUGCCCAGUCACUGCACUACAGAAAAAGACUCAAGGUUAUUUAGAGAGCCCCAAGGAAAGCUCAGAGCCGACUGGUUCUCCAGCACCUGUGAUUCAGCAUAGCUCAGCAACAGCACCUAGCAAUGGCCUCAGCGUUCGAUCUGCAGCUGAAGCUGUUGCCACUUCAGUCCUCACUCAGAUGGCCAGUCAAAGGACAGAACUGAGCAUGCCAAUGCAGCCACAUGUGAUCAUGACCCCACAGUCCCAGUCUGUGGGCAGAUGAUGCCUCCCCUGGUGGAGAGGUCCCAGCUGGAGCUCACCCGCCCAAGAGCCACGAGAGAUGUCAUCCUACCCCCUCCCAUCUGCCUUGGACAUGGCAACAUGGGGGGCAAAAUUAUGUGUUGUGAGUAUGGAUAGACAUGGGGCUUUUCUCUUAGCCAGGUGGUCAUGUUUGCUUGAUACUUGUACUGGGGGCAUUCCCCCCUCCAGAGCCACAUAGAUACCCCUCAGGGUGGGGUUUCUGAUGUACUCACAGCCACAGACCUACCCUGAUUGAGCAAUCACCCAUGCCCCACGCACGUGUGUCUGUCUCUUUUAACACUAACCCUGGCACUUCUAGGUUUGGGGUUUCUCGGUUUCUUCUCACUAAGCUGUGGCUGUUACCUUCUUCCUUACUAGCAUGCCAGUUCCUGCCAGACAGAGGAAGGCUGACCCAUCCUUUGCCCUCCAUGGACUCAGGACUUUGUCUCCCAGUAGCUACUAAUUUCUACCUUUUUCCCCUUUCCAAAUUCUAGUUAAAACAUUCACUUAUGGGGCUAGGGAUUUAGCUCAGCUGCAUAAGUGCCUGCCUAGCAAGCAUGCAGUCGUGAGUUUGAUCCCCAGUACCAAGAAAAAAAAAAACAUUCACUUAUGGAGAAUGUAAGGUUACUUCUGAUGUAUGAAAUAACAGUAUUUUUCAGCUCUCCCAUGAACUUUAUUUCUUCUCAGUACCUGCUACCAAAAAACUAAAAGGCAAAGCAAAAAGAAAUAAGCAAAACUCCAAGAGUUCUAGUCGUUUUUCAUCUAUUUCCAGAAUUAUCUGGGUACCUCAUUUUGUCUCUUGACUUGACUUUCCCUGGUCUAGGAUCUCCACUAAGCCUUGGCAACCUCAUCUUGUGGCCUUACUGUUAAGCAUCACUUGGCAGUGAAAAGGGAACUAGGCAGGGAUCUGACUAGUGAUUCCCUCUCCCUCUAUCCUCCUUGACUUGCAAUCAUCAGGGCAGACAGGAACAAUAGCACUUAAAACUUGUUCCAUCAGGUUACUGGAUUAACUGAUUCUUUUGUUUCACUAGAGUUUACUGGCCAAAGUUAGGCACGUUGUCAUGUCUGGUCAUCUUUAUGCUCCUACCUCUCUCUUCAUUCCCUGUCCACUUGACUGCCUUUCUCCAUCCACUUUAAUUACUCAGUCAGCCUUCCUGAAGACUGUCUCAUGGGGCACUCGCGUUCUUUCACACUUCCUCCAUCUCACAGACUCAGUUGUGUCUUUUCUGAGCUAUAUUCUGUACUCCUCAGUGUCCGUCACUUCUACACUACUUUCUCUCUCUCACAAGAGUUCUUCCUGGCCUGGCACAGCUCCUUCAACUCAUUUCUGUUCUCUACCCCCACAAUGCAAAAUUACUUCUUCUUGAUACAAGCUCCAAGACUGAAGCAUAAUAACCAAGGUCCUGAGUGGCUUGAGAGCGAGCUCAGGUGGAAGAGAGGGAGGGAGAGAGGUGCGGUACUGAUCUCAGCAGGAAAGCCCACGGCCGGCCUGUCUGGGAAAAUGUAAACUAUGGCUCUCAGCCAUUCUUACUUUAGAGUUGGGCUGCAGAGGAAGAAAUCCAUUCCCCUGUUCCUCUUCCUUCACCAUUAGGACUUCUUAUCUUCCCUUGGCUCUGAACUAAGCAGUUUUUACCAGGACAAGAGGACAAAAUCCAAAGCCAGAGGCUUUGGAUAGGUCAGCUUUAAUAACCCCUCAGUGCGAAGCCUUUCCAGUUGUCCCAGGGCCACCUGCUGCCAUCUGCCAAAGCCAAGGAUGUCCUUUUCUCCAUCUCCUUCUGCUUCCAUCUUAAACAUACAGUGUAGCUGUCAGUUUCCUUUCUUAUUUUGUCUUCCAAAACUGGCUGUCAGUAGGGAAUGAGAAAAUGUUCUAAGCCACAAGAUUCCCAUCUCUUCAGAAUGGUACACUGGUGAGCCAGUCAGAUGAUGCACCCUGCUGCAUUUGUUGGAAAUUUCCCCUCCUGCUCUUCAGACUUGGUGCUGAACAAACCACACCUGGUGAAGACAAAGGAGAGAAAACACGGUUUUCUUAUUCCCUAACACCAGGCACCCAACAGGAACAGCCCUGAGGUGAUACGACUAGCAAAUGUCAGGCAGAUGGUCAGGACACAGUUCUACCUGCAGGGACUUUGAUUGCCUUGAAACAGUCACAGCCAUAACUUGCGCUCAGGGCCUCUCCUUCAGAUGGCUGCUCCACGGCUUUUUUUUUUCCAUUUUUGAGUCUUGUUUCAUUUCUUAUUGUCCUCAUUUUCCACUAGCUGCUUUACCCUACAGCAUGACAAAGUUUAUGGCUCCUAAGGAGCUUCUUCAUUAGACCUUUGACUAUUUUUCUUCCCCCUUCAGUCAAGUGUUUUUAAAGUUAGAAUCCAUUUGUCACUGCACACAUACCCUGCCAGUCUCUCCCUGUGUUGAACAGCUCAUCCUUAUAGAGGGAUGUUUGUAGUUUCUUAGCCCCCAUACAUAAUUUUCUUGAGUUUUUAAUUUCAUUUUCAUCAGCAAGAGCUUAGUAGUGGAUUUAAAUGAGGGCCAUUGCUAGAACCAUAGUAGUGAGGCAGAAGAAAGGAAGUGGUGAAAGGAAGAAGGUGCAGGACAGAACCCCAGGGGCUCUGUAGGUAGCCUCGGGUCUCACUGAGAAGGCAGCACAGUCGCUCGCUCUGAAGCCUCACAUUUGGCUAAGGCGACCAUCACUCACCUUGUUAUUGCUGCCAGCCACCAUGUGGUCACUCUCCCCUGAUCUUAACCUUCCAGGCUUACGUGGACUAGAACCAGAUACUAUACAGGGUAUCAUUCAGUCCUUCUCAAGGCCCAUGGGCUUCCUGGGGUUAAUGGGAGGGCUCUUUUGAAAAGAAGCCAAAUGUGGAUAUCUUGGGAUUCUUCCAAGUGAACACAGUACUCAGGCUCCCACCUCACUCCAGGCCAGAGAGAAAAGGGUGAGAGCCAGGUCUUCUGGUCUGCACACCCUUUGCUCACUCCCUUAAGAGAAAGCUUGCGUAAAGCUGAAAAGGCUGAGACAGCCUCUCACCCAACUAGGAGGACUAGAAAGAUUACAUCCGUCCUUUGCUCAUGCUUUCCUGUCAGUUAGACACCCCAUAUUCCGCCUCCUUCUGCUUGGCGCUAUAGUAGCCCGUGUACUACAGGGGUUUGUUAAAGAGCAGCUGGGUCAACUGAACUUCGCCUUGCCUAUCCCUGUUGUAGCUCUCAGCUCCUUUUUUGACUGGCCUCUCUGCCUCCUGGAGGGUCUGCCCUCCAGCACCACCAUCCUGUCCUAGGAGAUGGAAUGCUUCACCUACCUGUGACCCAGCAGGCACCAAAAGCCCUGCCCCGCUGUCGCUGUCGGAGGCUCCCUCGCUCCACCCGACCCACUAAAACAGCGCCCUUUCAUGACUCCCUUUCCAUCAGUUUCCCAUUAAUAUUCUACAUUUUAUACACAGGGAAGAAAUGGUUUUGUUUUUUUUUCCAUUUCAUAACCAAUCUGUUUAGAUUUCAGUCCUCCUAGCUGUAUCAUGUAUCUCUUUUGUUGAUAUGCUCUUCUGCUUUCUUUAGACUUAAUGUUUGACCCAGGUGGGAGUUGUGGAUAGACAGGACAGGUGAGGAUCCCUGUGCCCCACUACAGCUUUCUUAAUCCUUCACCUCUCCAAGCACAGGGCUGAGUUGUUCGUAUCCGCAGACAGAUGUGCAUAGACAUAAAUCCCCACCCACCAGCAGGCAUGUGCAUAGGUGACUGCUGGCGAGCAUUCCCACCCUCUGCACUAGUUGAAUUUUCUUUUUUGAGGUAAAAUCCUACCUUAAGAUGAGAAAAGGCUGAGGGGAAGGGACAAGUUAAGGCCGCUUAUGUCCUUUUUAGAUGUGUUUAGUUACUAAGGCUUUUUUUAGUUUUUUUAAAUGGGGGUGGGCAACAGCACCAAGAGAGCUUUCCCCAGCUGUUGGUGACUAAUGUUUUAGCUGUCAGUGACCAUGAGCACUACUGUCACUGACUUUACCUUAGGGGAGUGGUUUUCAGAAAAUGGUCUGGGACCACCAGCAGAGCAGUCUUACCUGGAGCCUGCUAGAAAUGCACAUUCUCAGCACACCCCAGCUCUCCUGAAUCACAAACACUGGGGGUGGGUUUCAACAAGCACUCCAAGUGCUCCUGAUGCACACUAAUGUUUGUAAACUGUUGCCUUGGGGACAACCUGGGAUCUUAUAAGGCACUAAGGAUUCUUUAAAUUCUAUCCUCUGCCUUAGCACUGACACAUUUUUCCAUUUCUUCCAGUUCCUCCCCUCACAUCAUUAAAACAGCCACCACCGCAUCACUCAUGUCAAAUUCUGGAUUUAUCUUCCUUCUAAUCUUAUUGCUAAAACUUGUCCCUGUGUCAGUCUCGAAAAUUCUCUAUUCCCUUGCAGUCUGGUCACUUGUGUCUUGGUUACAUUACAGACCAGCCCCAACACACACACACACAUUACACACACACACACACACACACACACACACACACCAGGCAGGGAGGAGAUAAGCCUUGUGUCUUGGUUACAUUAUAGACCAGCCCCAACACACACACACACAUUACACACACACACACACACACACACACACACCAGGCAGGGAGGAGAUAAGCCUUGUGUCUUGGUUACAUUAUAGACCAGCCCCAACACACACACACACAUUACACACACACACACACACACACACACACCAGGCAGGGAGGAGAUAAGCCUUGUGUCUUGGUUACAUUAUAGACCAGCCCCAACACACACACACACACACACACACACACACACACACCAGGCAAGGAGGAGAUAAGCCUCCAGCCCUGACAGUGGAGGCUGCUGCAUUCUUGUGUAGUAUCUGUGAAGAAGAAAGCAGUGUGUAUCUGAUUGUAUUUCUGUUCAUCUAUAUAUUUUUGACAUGUGGCAACCCCACUCCAUCUCAUCAGGGAACUCCGCAUGCCCUGGGUCUCCCCAGGCUCCAGCGGUGAUCCUGUCAGGUGGGAGGAUGCAGUGCCACUGGCCCUUUUGUUACAAGCCCAACAUGCCCCUUGCCACCACCCAGUUAGCAUGACCCCUGUGAGCAGGCUCUCACAGUCUCCUGGGUGGGGCGAGGCAGGGGCUCUGCGCUCUUCUCCCUAACCAGCGCCCUUUCUUUCCUUCCCCUUUGCCACUCAGCAGUUACCCCCAGCCAUGCCUUCUCCCUCCUUCCCUCCCUCCCCAGCCCUGACAUAUAUUGUGCCUUAUUUAUGCUGCAAAUAUAACAUUAAACUAUCAAGAGAACCA